AUGCAGCUCUCCAUCAUCUCCCUCAUCGCUGCCCUCGCCGCCACAACUUCAGCGGCCGUCGCCGGCAACGGCACAUCCGCAUACUACCCAACGGGCACUGGAGCCGUCACAGCCACAGGCACAUCAACACCCGUGAAGCCCACAUCCGCGCUUCCCUUCGAGGGAGCUGCCGACCGCAUGACCGGGUCAGCACUCGGACUCAUCAUCGCCGGUGGUGUUGCACUUAUGCUAUAA